ACAAAAACGAAAUUUUGAUGGAUAAAUAACUACUGUUAUAAAAAGAAACCACCACAACGAGGCACAUUUUUCGAAUAGAGAUCGAUCAAAUAUGGUGACGUUUAACGAGUCUGAACCAUCGUCGUCGUCCAUGAUGGACAGCGAAACCAACGAAUAUUCCUUACAAGAAAUCGAUGCAAAGUAUGGAAAGCCGUCGCUUGAACCAGACUUUAGUUAUAAAGUUGUCGGUCGGUUGAGCCGAUGGGAAGGUGGAAACACGACACCUUACCAGGUAGAGGAAAAAGAGCCUGAAACGAAUGUGCAGAUUGACCAUGGUGGGACAGAAAAGAUGUCGUUUUGUGCGUUUAUCAAACAGUUCUUCCGACCAUGUUACGACUUGACGGAGGUUACAAUCGAAGACAUCAGCCGUGUAAAAAUCAUGCACGAUAGAUUUAUGGGAGAUGCUCAGUUCAGCUUCAAUUAUUCCACUCUACUUGUGAUUGCCUCGGUCAUCGCUGGUGUGGGUUUGGGUGGCGAUUCUUCUGCUUCUGUUAUCGCCUCAAUGUUGGUGUCACCGUAAGUUUUGUUUUUAUGACAUUCGGAGAUUGAUUUGAAAAUAAUCCACUGGGUUUUUGUGUUUGUUCCUAAGCUCAUUGCUCUCUUAACACUUUCAAUUCAACAAGAUUGAUGGGUCCUGUCACUGCAAUAGCUUAUGGCACGUCGAUUGGUGACUUGAAAAUGGUUAGAAUUGCCGCCAUCACAGAGGCAGUAAGCCUGGCUAUUUGCAUCCUGAUCGGGUGCAUAAUUUCUGGAUCGAUGAUCCAAUUCAGAGUAGGGGAAGAUUGGCCAACAAAUGAAAUGUCCAGUAGAACUAMAUGGGAAAAUUUCCUUUGCGGCAUUCCGAUUGCCUUUUUUAGUGGUCUAGGUGUCGCAGUUGGUCUCUUAGACAGUCAGACUAAUUCUCUGGUUGGCGUUGCAAUUUCGGCAUCGCUUUUACCACCCGCUGUAAAUGCAGGCAUGUUGUGGAUUAUUGGACACGCAAUAGAUGAUCAWUUCAGGAGUCAGGGUACAAUUUCGCUGUUCUUAACUAUCAUGAAUAUCGCUGUCAUCAUAGUCGCGUCUAUGUUAAUGUUCCGAUUGAAGGAGGUAAGGGAUUUUCAAGCAUGUACUACCUUGACCAGCUUUUUGCUCCCGCAUGAGUAGAGAGAAUUAUGAUUGACUUGUGCGCUCACCGUUUCUGUAUUUUAUGAUGACUUCGCGCAUAAAUGUAACCAUACAUUGUUUCGUUCGAAGACACUCCCCAUCGAAAAGAGUAUUUUCUGGGCAGACCUCGGAAUUGCUAGGAAAAUAUAUCACAACGUUGCAAUCAUUCCACAAAUCCAAGACGCCCCCGAUGAAAAAGAAAUCAGGAAGCGUGUGACGAAGUUCUUUCCGAGGGCCAGUACCAUGAUGGCAUCGAUGCCAACGAAUUUUGCAGAAAGUUCUAGUUUCUCAGAUCCUGCCAGCCAAACGAGCUCACAAAAAAAGAAAGUAGAAUGGAAUGUAAACGCAACUCCGUCGGAAACUCCUCUUAAUACGUCGAAAAUGGCCUCGAUUGUGGAGACAUAACGAACCUAAUGCCUGGUGGAAUUCAUGCCAUUAUUGAGUGUUUGGUUGUAUAGCAAUUGGCAAAGGCGUGAAAGUAGUUGCUAGAACAAUAAAAUGCACGGCGAACUGAAAACGCUKSWGCAUUUUAAUGCUGAAAUGCAGCAUUUUUAAUCUAGAAAAACAAGAUGAAAGUUUAUUCACUUUACGUUAGUUUGGUUUGGUACCAAAUCGCAUAUGAAAUUACACCGAAAAUUUAUACGUGAUUUGGCCAUCCACUAGUGUAACUUCGCCAGACUAGUCCUAAGCCUCGAGAUCAUCCUUUGGCUUUCCCAUGACUUCAACUUUGAAGGUAAUUUUAUUAACUUGGACUGGGUGUUUAGUCUGGUGAUCUAGAGGCGUUUUAAAACAAAGUUCUGGCCUAGUUUGUAACACAGCUGAUUAAAAAAAUCUUUGGCCA